AUGGCCUUGAAUCAGAUCCUUACAGGCGGUAUCGGCCUCGCAGCCGAAGCGAUAAAACACCAAAAGAAUAAGAAAGCUGCCAAGAAUGCAUCCGUGGACGACUCGAUAUUAGUAUUCGGCGCAACUGGUUCCUCCAAUUUUCAGCAGAUGAAUGCUGGGAACGAGGGAAUGCCUCAACGGGCCAGCAAGGUUUUAUCAACAUACACUAUAUCGACCGACAAGCUUCACAACGAUCUUGACGGUCUUGAGAAGAGACCAUCAGUGGAAUCAGAUCCAACCCGCGCUGUUAUACCGAAAGGCGUGGGCAAAGAUCCUGCACGUAUUUCAACCCUUGUCGAGGCAUUCCUCGCAGUUCACCGACCACUCGUACGCCAGACGCCAGCGCCUUUGCCAUUCGCCGUCAUAAUUCCACAGCGGCGGCCUGAAUCAAGGCAGAGAGGAUUCGUGCCUGCAUAUGCACCUUGUCUUGCGCCUUGUGGUAUCAGUGAAGACGCCUUCAUGCAGUUUCAUGAAUUCUAUAAUGAGUCUCUACGCUACUCGAACGCCAUCAAAGUUGUUACUGUUGCAGCUGGAGCAGCAGGUCUAGUUCCCAGUAUCACGGCUACCGUGGUCUCCUUGACAAUUGGGGCGGCCGCGCAAACUGCAGCUUCAUUGCAAAGCCGCCAGCGCACGAACGAUUUCUUAUCACAUAUGAACUUGGAGUACUUCAUGCCUAUGGGGCUUGUCUGCCUCAUUAUGAGGUACACAGCUCCUGAACAUUACAGCGAAGCUACAAAUCUUUACCAAGCCCAUACCCAGGCAACGAACCAAUCGCGCUGGAACUUCAACGUCGACCACGGCCAGAUGGGAGAUGCAUCAAUGCCGCUCGCGGCUCCUCUGAUUUUCCCAAAAGUUAGCUCAGUACAAGAUCAAGGCAAAUCAACAAAGUUCGAGCGGGCAAAACAAUUUAUCCAGGACUACGGAGACAGGAGGGCGCAAGCCGAAUUUGCGAGGAGCCACCCAGACUCACAGUUAACCAAGGCUGUAGCCAGCCAAGUCAAAUUUCAAAGCUUUUUGGGGGAUCCAAGGAAUUUCUCCAGCAUCUCUAAGAAUUCAUUGCAGGAAAUGGCUCAUGACAGGUUGAUAGGUCAGGGAACCAGAUUCUCCGUUCCUCAGCGUGAUGUGAGAUUCAGAAGCAGAGCUCAAAUGGGUCAUCAAGAAGGAGAGCGAUUUCAACAUGCUGGCCUUGGUACCCUCAAUCCGCAAUCGAGGGAAAGGGUUGAUUCCACCAAGGAUGUCCUCUACAUGAUGAUUGUCCCUCUUCCCACCCAGGAACAAAUCAAUUCCGCAUAUGAUGAGCCGCCAGCAUACUUGGCAACUGAGGAGGUGAGAUGGUGA